AUGCUACACCGCUCGGCCCUGGAAGAUGAACCAAGAUCGUUCCACCCUAGACGUCCCUCGGGGUCUCUUAUCGAUCCCCCAUCGGCCGCUCCCCCCAAUCGCCCGGCCUCUCGCUCCUCCCGUCCGGGAUCUCGCAAUCGAAUGGGGAAGGCCUCGAGGGCCGUUACCCCGACAGGGCUUGGUGUGCUGACGGAGAAUGCUCCAGGUCUGGUCGCAGAUGGUUCGUGGGGCAGUAGCCCCAUUAAAGAAGGCUUGGGGAGUGUGAACCGCUGGUCGCAGUCCACCGCAUCGAGCAAGGGUUUACCGGAUUAUGCGGGGCAUCGUCGAGGGAGCUCUAAGAUGUCGAUUUCGGGAAAUAGUCCACAGCGAGGACCAGUGUUGGGGGAGCUGCCUGAGUUGAGCCUGCCGGACCUGACAGCCUCAGAUAUGUUUUCUCCCGACUCGAACUCUCACCUGGAUCUUUCGAUUACGGCCUCAAGUCACUUGCUGCGCAGCUCUUCGCCAAACGAUCAAUAUGAUCUCAGAGGCGGGCCGUCCUAUCCUCAGGGCCACGUGGCUCGGCCCAGUGAGGGCGCCAUCUCGUUGGACGGGGAAGGGGAGGCGGAUGGCCGACAGCAUGGUCAGACUCAAAAGGCAAUGCUGUCCAAAGCGCUUCAGAAGGCGAAUACGGCUGUGCUUUUGGACAAUGCAGCCAACUUUGAGGGCGCAAUGGAGGCCUAUACAGAUGCAUGUCAACUGCUACAACUAGUGAUGCUCCGUAGCAAUGGCGGAGAUGAAGAAAAACUUAAACUCCAAGAAAUUCGUGACACCUAUAUGAUCCGAAUCACAGAACUCCAGCGCAUGGACUUACCUCUACCAGACAGCGAUAGAAAGGCACUUCCAGAUCGCCCUUUAAGCCAGGAAUCAUACAGCGAAUUCUUCCAAUCUUCAGUAAUGGACGAGUCUCACAUUGAGAGCCAAUAUAGCUCUAAUCACUCCAGCCUUGGCCUUGACGCUUCAAUAGAUGAGGCCAAAUCAUUCCCUUCCGAGUCGCCCCCUCCUCGCCGCCAAUCCUUGAGGCCAGCUGUGUUUGAUGACCAACUACGGUCUGUAGCCAUGCCGAAAAAUCCACAUUCCGGUCGAUCUACUCCUGUGGGGUUAGGUGGCAGCACUGCUUAUCAACAGCAAUAUCUGGAACUCCCCUUGCAGGAGACUGAAUCAACUUCAUGGCUGGACACAAUUGAUGAGUCUGGCGCAUCCUCGCCGUCAUCUGCGAACUCGAAGGCGUCCUCGGUCUACCUGCGGCGUCGAACGAGUCGACGCAUAAGCACUGAUACCGAAGCUGAGUUUGAUGCCGCCCUCGAUGCCGCCGUGGAGGCUGCCUACGAUGAGGCUUUGGCGCCGGUCAUGGAAUACCGAGAGGAAGAAAAUGAUGACAUCGUGUCAAAUGCGCGCAGGAAUAUCGAGCUGGCUAAGCAACGGGUCCGCGAAGCAGAACGGGAGGCGGAGGUCGCAAUGAACCGUGGCCGGGAAAUACGUCGUUUUCAGGAACAAAACAUACUCGAGAAUCCGGUGGAACGACAUUCGGACUACCUCGAUGAGGAGGCGGAGGAGGAAGAGAGACUUUUAGAAGAGAUGACCAAGGGCUACGUUAUGGAUGAUUUUGAGUUUGGUAUACAAUCAAAGUCGGCGCUCCCUCGAGAAUCUGACUCUAGCAACAUGUCUGGAAGGACCUGGGAGAGCUCAGCCGCAUCAAACAUUACGGGCACCGGGACUACCUUAUCCACCCUCACCGAGGACGACAACAUCCUGCCCCCCGAUCAGAGACCAGAGCAAUCUCCUCUUCCGUCUUCUCCCCCGUCUGCCGCCUUGCCUCCAAUCCCCUCUGAAUUCCCUAGUUUACCGCAGCGGAUAUCUCUAUCCCAGCCUCCUCCCCCCGCAAUGGGACCACCUCCUGUUCCAGGAGUCCGGGCGCGGCGACUGUCAGGGCAAAACUCAGGUGAACUGAAGAUCGAAACCAAUACGCGCUCUCGUACCGACUCCAACACCUCGGAUAUCGAAUCAUUCGCAAUUCCCCUGAAAAGUCGCGCACCGCCGCCUCUUCCCAAAGAUGAACACGCUUCGGACCUCUUCAAAGCCCCCGUGUCAAGUUUUCGAGCCAACCUUUACCCCUCGAAGCGUAAUCCUUCAAUUGGGUCCAUCACGGACCAUGCCAAUCUCGCAAAGGCCAGAACUCAUGAAGAUGAUGAGGCUGCUGGGAUUCCCCCUUUACCUGCCUCAGCCCGGCCCAUAGGUAAGGUGCCUUCUGCCCCAGAUGGCCUGGACAGGCUCGGUUCAAAGGCAUUUCGAUCUCGCAAUGUAUCUGUUCCCAAUCCUGAAACGGCACCUGGGUCUCCCACAACUCCGUGGAGUGGUUCAUUCCCAACACUUGACACUCAGAAGGCCAUCAUGAGUGGUAGCGUUCCUGUGAUGCCAACACCCACUGUGACGCAUUUUACACAAAACGGAUUGCCCACCGGUGGCCUUAACCUCUUUGACUGCAACAUUCAUUCUCCCACUGCCUUGGGCCGUCCGAACUCCCUUGUAGCCAAUGCGCCUCUUCCCCUCGAACCGUGUCCAGAAUCCUUUCUGCUCCGCCCCUUCUGGCUUAUGCGAUGCCUGUAUCAGACACUCGCCCACCCCCAUGGCGGCUAUUUGUCUGCAAAACUAUUCAUUCCUCGCGAUGCCUGGCGUGUGAAGAAUGUCAAGAUCAAGGCCGUGGAAGAUAAGGUGUCCAACUGUGAUCUUCUGACGGCGGCGCUGCUGAAAUUAGCCCAGGUGGACACGUACGAUGCCGAUGCCGUCUUGGAAGAAAUGCAAGCGUUUGAGAGUGUCCUUGAUCAGGUCCAGGUUACACUAUCAAAGAAACUGGGUCACGAUGUCGGGGUCCAGACUUCAAUGCCGCUUUUCAGGCCAAAUGCGACAUCAGAGGAUUCUACUCAUCCCGACCCUCCUCCUGCCAGGACCUCAGGUACCUCGAACAAGUCGUACCUCCCAACUUGGAAACGACUUCGGGCAAAGACGUCCGGAAUCGGCACAACUGCCUCCGCUCCCUCGAGCGUACGCGAAAGCAACAAAGAUAAUUUGACACUCAACUCUCUUCCCAUGACGUCGGCACCAACCACUCAUACAAAGCGCAACGUCACCCAGUUAGAGUUCUCGGGCCCAAAUGCCCACUAUAUGGGAGCUUUAGCUCGUCUUUUCGAUGCUGCCCAAGUAAUAGAUCAAAUCGCCCAGCAAGUUGAGGAUCCAGGACUCAAACUCUCAUCGCCAACCCACGUUGGUCUAGAGCUCAGCACACGCCACGCAGCGGAGUUUUUUGGCUUCUAUGUGUGCCGCUUUGCACUGGCUGAUGUGGGCAUGAUGCUUGAUAAGUUUAUCAAGCGAGGCAGUGAAUGGGUAUUGAUCUAA